AUGGCUCCAAAAAUUAAAGUACCUGCCAACUUUGGUGUAGAACACAUCAACUCUCCUGUACACGGAAAUCUGCUUCUGAAGCUGAGAGAUGGACAAGAAAUCAGAACUAAUUCCAUGAUCAUGUCCUACAACAGUCCUGUUAUUGACAAACUGACCACCAACCUGUUUCAGUCGUCUAUUGAGGUGGAUGAUUUCACAAAACCAGCAGUCGACUGUUUUGUUGAAGCGCUGUACUCUGGUGAAGUUGAUAAACUAGAGAAGGACAUCUUUGAAGAAGUUAACAAAAUGGCACAUGUAUUCGAUGUGUCCUGGUUGACAAAGAGAUGUCUAAAGUUUUACAAAGCAGAAGUCCUGAAGUUUGAGAACAACUCGUACGAAGAGAUGUUAUUUGCUUGUGAGAUUGCUAGCAGGGCGCAUUAUAAUCUGAAAGACAGCAGAUAUGUCAGCUGCUUUGUGAAGAAUGUUACUUUCAGUGGUAACGGUAAAUUUUUCUUCUUACAGAGAUAUAUGGCUGGAUUUUCUAAGCUGUCAAAACGUCGUAUUGACAUGUCCUUAGCUAUUGCUGCAAAUGAUCUCAACAUUAUCGGAAAUUGUUUUGUAACUUACGUUUCCUUAACCUUGGAAUGUAAAGGAUUGGACGAGAAUUCAUUGUACAUGCUUCAAAUACUAGAUGUCCAGAAGUUUAGCCGUACUUUUCCCUCUGAAUUAAAUGAGUUAACGGACUUUCUUGCUGCUAUAACUGAAGAUUCUGAAUGUGCUGAAAUGAAAGCGGUUGUAGAGAAUUUUGUUAAAGGGAGAAAUACUGGAGAGUCAAGUAGCUCUAAAGAAGAGCUAGAAGUUGAUGAAAAUACUGAAGAUGUACAAGACAGUGAUGGUGAGGAUUGUAAAGAUAUUGCUAAUCAAACUGAGGAAAUAGAAUCAGGUUGGAUACAGUGUGUUAGUAACACACACUACACCCUGUCACACUACGAACCAGUACAGAUGAUAACUUACACUACAGAGACAGAUAACAGUAUUCUUGUGGAUUAUACUCUAUCUGGAGAAGGUGGGAGUAGUGAGAAACAUAUUUGGAUUUAUAGAGAUGUUAAAACCUAUCAGUGGAGUUAUGUUAUUGAGGGAUGUACUCCACACAGUGUCAAUAAACAGUUUCUAAAUAAUGUACCAGCUGUUAAACUCAAACACUGGAUAAUAAUCAAAACUUCUACACACCUAAAGGUAGUGUGUAACAGAGUGACAGUUCUCAAUUUCAACUUUGCUACUGACUACACACCAGGUUAUGAGAAUAAUCACCAGGUUUGGUUGAAAAAAUGCAAAAAAAUAAGACUUAUUAAAUAUAGUGUUAGUGAUUUACUUAUUUGGAGACAAUGUGUUAGUCUUGCAUGAAUUGUGAUACAGUUCUGAACAAUCAUCACUGGAAAUAUUUUAAUUAAUUAAUUCUCGUUUCAAGUAA